CGGCCCAGCGGAGGGAAGCCAGUCGUGGGGCCGGGCCGGAUCACCACGGAGCAACCGCUGAUCGUCAGGAUGAAGUCUCUGGUGCUACUCUGCUUGGUCGUGUCUGCCAGCGGACAAGGCUACGAGUUCAACAAAGCCAAUGCAAACCGUUUCGGUUCUGGCGGCUCCGAUGGUUCGUCCGGCGGAGACACUGUGUUCCAAGUCGCGUCCAGCAUCAGCUCUCCACAACAGUUCACGGUCCUCGGCAGACAGCCGCUCCCGGCCGGCGGCGGCUCCUACGCCGGCGGCUCUGGCUCUGGCUCCGGCUCCGGAGGCUCCGUCUCUGGCUCUAGCUCCGGAGGUUUCACGGUGUUCCGCACUGGCGGCUCUGAAGUACGCUUCGGCACAGACUCCGCCGGUGCCGGCUCCUACGGCUCUGGUGGCGGGUCUGGCGGCUCUGAAGUACGCUUCGGCACAGACUCCGCCGGUACCGGCUCCUACGGCUCCGGAUCCUUCGGCAGCGCUGGCGGCUCCGGAUCCUUCGGCAGCGCUGGCGGCUCCGCGGCCUUCCGGGGCGGCUCCGGAGGCUCUGGGUCGUCUGGCAGCGCUGGAUCGUCGAGCGGCACUGCUGACCGGUUCGGCAGCUCCCGAGUCUCCAUCGAGCCCUCGUUCACCUGCCCGACGAGCACGCGCGUGGUGACCACCACCCGGUUCUCGCACACCACGGUCACCAAUGUGAUCCACUCUGUGGCGGAGAGCAUCCAGACCAAGUACGUGACGGCCACUGUGCUUCGGCCGACGCCGAAGACAAUCACCCACACGGUCACCCAUCUGCAGCAGGGCAACGUCCAGAGCGCCCAGCGACUGGUCACCACCACCGGAUACACGGUCGGCACCAACUUCCUCCUGGACACCCGCUUCAGGACCGUGACUGACCACGUCUCCUACACGGACACGGUCAACAACUACGUGACGCAGACGGAGACGGUGCCGGCCGUCACCACAAUCACGGCCGUCAUGACCACAUUCAAGACGUUCCUGACCUCGACCACCGUCUACCGCACCGUGCACCGCUCCGUGACUGUGACCCGCACCGCGGUCACCACCAACGUCGCUCACGACGCGACAGUCGUCACUGGCGCGGAGGUGCGCACCCUGCGUACCACGACCACCAGGGACGUGUUCAGCACUCUGCCGGUCUUCACGGUCACCCAGACGGUCACCGUGUGCAACCUGGUGACCGUGGACCAGUCCGGCGACGGCGUGUUCCGCGUCGGCGGCUCGGCUGGAGGAUCCGGAGCAGGUAGCGUCUCCGGAUCGGCGGGAGGCUCCGGCGGAGGCUUCGUCUCCGGCUCUGCCGGCGGCUCCGGCAGCGCCUUCGUCUCUGGAGGAUCUGGACAGCAAUUCACCGGCGCUGCUGGCGGCUCCGGCGGCGCCUUCGUCUCUGGAGGAUCCAGAGGACAGUUCACUGGCUCUGCUAGCGGCUCGGGUCACGCCUUCGUUUCUGGAGGACAAGGAUCUGGUUCUGCUGGCGGCUCGGGCGGCGCCUUCGUCUCUGGAGGAUCUGGAGGACAAAGAUUCGUUGGCUCUGCUGGAGGGUCUGGACGCGGCAGCUUUGUCUCUGGCGGACCCGGUCGCGGCUACGCCUCUCCAUCCGCCGGCGGCAGUGGAGGCGGAUUCGGCACAGAUGGCUCUGGCGGCCUGGACUUCCGGUUCGGCGGACAGGGUGGCGCCAGUGGGAGCGGUAGCGGCUCCUACUCUCCCCCUAGGAACUGAUGACUGAAUGUAACCGCGAUAGUAGCUCUCAAUACACGACUGGCUUUGA